GUGACGUCGACUUCCCCGACUUCGUUUACGCGACGCGACACAGACGCUCUCUCACGCAGUCAGCUUUGGACUAUCAGUGACUAAACGCGCUUUUGAUGAGAUGCCUCAGAUGCAAAACGUAUUUGGACAUCAUCCAGAGAGCUUCAAUGGAAAACAUCAACAGCUUGAAUCAUUGAAUCAAAGUGGGAAAAAUAUGAAAGAAAUUAGUUUGAAAUGUCUUCAAUUAUAAAUUAUAACUAGCGUUUGUGAUCUGAACGUUCUCUAAACCAGAAGAUCUUCGCAUAUCCAUUAAAACUUGCAUGUUGGGUGGAAAUCUUUCAAGUUUUGGCACUAAUGCUGGAGCCAUACUGGUUUCUUGAACAAUUUCCAGUGAUGUUGGUCUGCCAGAAGUGGUAAGCCCACUUCUCCAACUUUUCCAGUAAACGCUUUUUAGAAGAAAUUUCCAUGAAGCCAGUGACAAUGUCACAUGGAGCUGAAACCUUAAAAAAUGCAGAAAGCCUCACUGCAUGCCAGGAUGACCAUCUAUCCAGUUUGAAGGCUUUGACCGAGAAGCUCAAACUCGAGACCAAAAAGCCGUCUUACCUGGACUGGAGAGCACAGCUGGAAGCAAUGCUAGCACAGAGCCAUAAUGUCUCAGAGACUUUAGCAGUGCCUAGCGAAGCACAGGAACAAAGAAUCUCAGAUCCUCUUAAGCGGGCAAAGCCAUCGCUGAGCACUGGGGUGUCCCAUGGAGAGACGCAGAUGAGAUUUGAAAAUAUAGACCAAGCAUUGGAGUGGAUAAGGAAAGAGCUGGCCGAGAUGCGUUUGCAGGACCAGCACCUAGCACGUCAACUAAUGCGUCUGCGCAGUGACAUUAACAAUUUGCGAAUUGUGCAGACGUGUAACCAACAUCGCAAGAUGCUGAACGAUGCUACGUUUGAGCUGGAGGAGAGAGAUGAUAUGUCUGAUUUGUGUGACGUCCCAGUGUCUCCUGGAUUAGGCCUCUCCACGCCGCUGAAGGUCAUCGGGGUCACCAAGAUGAACAUCAACACCCGACGCUUCUCCCUGUGCUAGUGUAUAUAGUAUAUAGUGUAUGUGCUUAGUGUGCAGUGUUUUAUAGAUUAUAAAAUGAAUUAGUAUAAUUUUGAAUGUAUUUUCUGAAUGUCUCUGACAUUGUACUUGCCUUACCUUAAAGUCAACAUGAAACGCUGUUACCAACACAUUUCUGAGUGAAACAGGAUAUUCAAUGAGGAAGAAAGUAGAGUGGGACUUGAUUUUAUCUGUUGGAAAGUGGGUGUUGCAUACCAGAAUGGAGACAGGUGAUUGGAGGGGAGGGGUUGAAAAAAUAAGAGUACUUGGUGACGCCUGCAGAAAAGGAAAGUCGUCUUGGAGGUGGAGCAAGUUAUUACAUAUUGUUUAAAUAUUAUGCAGGCCAAUUUGUUUUUAUUUUUUUUAUUUUUUUAUUUUUUAUAAUAUGCACCAUGCACAUGAACCAUGCACAAUACAGGGUUCCCACCCUUUUUGCUUGUUAUCUGUUAGCCAGACGGCUCACUCACAUGUGACAUGUCAAGCCUGAUUGAUUCCUUGACAAGUAAA